ACAGUUACAAAAUUUGUACGCAUUGGUAUUGCCGAUAAAAACGAUUCACCGCCUUAUUUUGAUAAAUUUUUAUACGAAACUGAAAUCGAUGAAAAUGCCGAUUUACAGACAACAGUACUCACAGUCAAUGCCAAGGAUCACAAUGAGUCCUCGAAUAUUCGAUACGCGAUUACAGGCGGUAACGUAGGAAAUGCCUUUGGCGUACACAAUAAUACAGGCGCUAUUUACGUAGCAUCACCACUAGAUUACGAAACAAGACCAAGGUACGAGCUAAAAUUGGAGGCGUCACGUAAUCGAAAAACCAAUUACACCACCGUUAUAAUAAAUGUACGCGAUGUUAAUGAUAAUCCACCGACAUUUGAUCGUCAAACAUAUCGUACACAAAUUACCGAAGAAGAUGAUCGUAAUCUACCAAAACGUAUAUUACAGGUUACUGCCACCGAUGGCGAUGUAGAUAGACCCAUAAAUAUUGUAUAUUUUCUCACCGGUCAGGGUAUUGAUCCUGACAACACAGCAAAUAGUAAAUUUGAUAUAAAUCGAACAACAGGCGAUAUUUUUGUAUUAAAGCCCCUUGAUCGUGAUCAACCCAAUGGCCGACCCCAAUGGCGUUUCACCGUAUUCGCCCAGGACGAAGGUGGUGAAGGCCUUGUUGGCUAUGCCGACAUCCAAGUAAAUCUCAAAGAUAUCAAUGACAAUACACCACAAUUUCCUCAGGGCAUUUACUAUGGUAAUGUCACCGAAAAUGGCACAGCCGGUCUGCCGGUUAUGACCAUGUCAGCCGUCGACUAUGAUGAUCCCAACGAAGGUACCCAUGCCAAGCUAAUCUAUUCGAUAGAGAAAAAUGUCAUCGAAGAGGAGACAGGUGCCCCGAUUUUCGAAAUUGAACCUGAGACGGGAGUCAUCAAGACCGCAGUAUGCUGUCUGGAUCGGGAACGAACUCCCGAUUAUUCCAUACAAAUUGUGGCCAUGGAUGGUGGUGGCCUUAAGGGUACAGGCACUGCCUCAAUACGAGUCAAGGAUUUAAAUGAUAUGCCACCCAUGUUCACCAAGGAUGAAUGGUUUACAGAGGUGGAUGAAACAAAUGGAACAUAUAUACCCGAAACACCCAUACUCACGGUCACAGUGCAGGAUGAGGAUGAAACAAAUAGCUUCCAAUAUAAAGUUGUGCCCAACAGCGGCUUGGGUUCGGAUAAAUUUGCCAUGAUACGCAACAAUGAUGGUACGGGUUCCUUGAAAAUCGUACAACCCCUGGACUACGAAGAUCCCAUGCAGAGUGGAGGUUUUCGUUUUCGCAUACAGGUCAACGAUAAGGGUGACAAUGACAGUGAUAAAUAUCAUCUAGCCUAUUCGUGGGUGGUGGUGAAACUCCGCGACAUAAAUGACAAUUCACCACACUUUGAACGUGACCGCAUAGAGGUGUCAGUGUACGAGGACACCAAAGUCGGUAUCGUGCUGGAACAAUUCAAGGCCACCGAUGCCGAUCAGGGUGGCAAGAGUAAGGUUAGCUAUAAACUGGUUCGAGCCACAAAUCGUAAACGUCAAUUUGCCAUCAGUGAUAAGGGUGCUGUGAGCAUACAGAGAUCACUGGAUCGUGAAACUGCGGAUAGGCAUCAUUUGGAAAUUCUCGCGGUGGAUGAUGGUGCCAUACCGCGAACAGCAACUGCCACAUUAACGGUAAUCGUAAAAGAUGUCAACGACAAUGCACCGGUGUUUAAGGAGGACUAUCGUCCUGUACUGCCGGAAAAUGUUAGCCCGCGUAAAAUUCUCGAGGUGGCCGCCAAGGAUGCGGAUGAUCGAGCCAGAGGGAAUGCGGGACCGUUUACGUUUCGCCUAGAUCCCUUGGCGGGGGAUGAUAUACGUUCGAGCUUCAAACUGGAAUAUGAUCGAAGAGCCGAUGGUGGCAAUGGCGCUGCCAUCAUCUCAUCGCUGCGUCCCUUCGACCGCGAAAAACAAAAAGCCUACCUCAUACCCAUCGAAAUCAAAGACAAUGGCUCACCCGCAAUGACUGGCACCUCCACGCUGACCGUCAUCAUUGGCGAUGUCAACGACAACAAAAUGCUGCCCGGCAGCAAAGAGGUGCUCGUCUACAAUUACCAGGGCCAAUCACACGAUACACCCAUCGGCCGGGUGUAUGUACACGAUUUGGACGAUUGGGAUGUGGUGGACAAGAAAUACUAUUGGGAACAACAGGAACAUCAGCGCUUCAAAUUGGACACCGAUACGGGCAUUGUGACGAUGAAGGCUGGCACACGUCGUGGCCGCUACAAUUUACGCUUCAAGGUCUAUGACCGCGAACAGGGCCAGGUGGAUGUGCCGGCGAAUAUGACGGUGCUAGUGCGAGACAUUACCCAGGAGGCAGUACAACAGGCUGGCUCUAUGCGUCUGCAGGGCAUAAGUGAUGAGGAAUUUGUGCGCACAUGGGAUUUCAAGCAACACAAACAGGUGCGCUCCAAGCUGGAACGAUUUCGCGAUAAAUUGGCUGAGCUCUUGUACACCGAACGGGACAUGGUGGAUGUGUUUAGUGUGCAAACCAAAGAGGAGGGUGUGACGGAUGUACACUUUGCCGCCCGGCCAGCCAAUCAACAGCCCAGCUUUAAGGCGGUGCGACUCAACGGGGUGGUCCUUAUGCAAAGGGAUGAGAUUGAAAAGGAAUUGGGUCUGAACAUAACCAUGGUGGGCAUUGAUGAGUGUCUGCUGGAGCAGAAGAAGUGUCCGGGUUCGUGUUCGAAUCGGGUGGAAGUUAAUAAGCUGCCACACACGGUCAAUGUAAAUAAAACAGCUUUGGUGGGUGUGCGGCUGGACAUCAGGGCGGAGUGUGUGUGUAGGGCUCGCAACUUUAGUCGGGAGAGCUCCUGUCGUACGCUGCACUGUUUCAAUGGCGGGCGUUGUGUGGACACCCGCAAUGGGCCCAAAUGUGUGGCUUGUCCCAUUGGCUAUAAUGGUCCAAGGUGCCAGCAAAAUACUCGUAGUUUCAAGGGCAAUGGCUGGGCCUGGUAUCCCCCGCUACAGCUGUGCGAGGAAUCCCAUCUAAGUUUGGAAUUCAUAACCAAAGAGGCAGAUGGUUUGAUUCUGUAUAACGGGCCCAUUGUGCCACCCAAGGUGGAGGGUAUGGUCCUUAGCGAUUUUGUGGCCGUGGAAUUGGAGCAGGGCUAUCCAAGGCUGCUGAUUGAUUUCGGUUCAGGUACCCUGGAAUUGCGGGUGAAAACCAAGAAAACCCUGGAUGAUGGAGUGUGGCAUCGCCUCGACCUGUUUUGGGAUUCCGAGAAUGUACGCAUGGUGGUUGAUUUUUGCCGUUCUGCCGAUGUUUUCGAAAUGGAAGAUGGCUCAGCACCGGAAUUCGAUGACAAUUCCUGCCAGGCCCGGGGAGCCAUACCACCCUUCAAUGAAGCCUUGAAUUUAAAUACACCCCUGCAAAUUGGUGGCCUGUAUCGGCAACAUUUCGAUCAAUCGCUCUUCCGCUGGCAAUAUGCCUUUACCUCCAAGGGAUUUGAUGGCUGUAUACGCAAUGUCAUACACAAUUCGGAGCAUUAUGAUUUGGCCUUCCCAGCCCUGGCCCAUAACAGUUAUCCGGGUUGUCCGCAAACAGAUGAGGUUUGCCUGAAAACAGAUCACACAGCCCGCUGUUGGGAGCAAGGCAACUGUGUGGCCAGUUUGGUGCAGGCAAAGUGCCAUUGCCAGCCCGGCUGGACGGGACCCAUGUGUAACAUACCCACCAUACCGACCACAUUCAAACCCCAGAGCUAUGUAAAAUUUGCCUUAUCAUUUGAACCUGAUCGUUUUACCACCCAACUACAAUUGCGCUUCCGUACCCGAGAAAUGAGCGGUGAGAUAUUCCGGGUAUCCGAUCAACAUCAACGAGAAUAUGCCAUACUGGAGCUGAGCCAGGGGAGAUUACAUUUUCGUUACAAUCUCAACUCGCUAAAGGCUGAGGAACAUCAUUUGGCCUUGUCCGCCAUUGCGGUCAACGAUGGCCAAUGGCAUGUGGUUAAGGUUAGCCGUUACGGUUCGGCAGCCCUCAUGGAAUUGGAUGGGGGUGAGGGUCGUCGCUAUAACGAAACAUUUAAUUAUGUGGGACAUCAGUGGCUGUCCAUUGAUAAGCAGGAGGGUGUUUAUGCCGGUGGCAAGGCAGAGUAUACCGGCAUCAAGACCUUUGAGGUGUUGGGAGAUUUUCAGCGUAGCUGUCUUGAUGAUAUCAGACUCGAUGGCAAGCAUUUGCCGUUACCACCCUCCAUGAACGGCACCCAGUGGGGACAGGCAACAAUGGCGCGAAAUUUAGAACGUAACUGCCCCUCAAAUCGUCCUUGUUCGAACAUUAUCUGUCCGGAUCCAUUCGAUUGUGUUGAUUUGUGGAACGAAUACGAAUGCACUUGCAGCGAAGGUCGCGUCAUGUCGGCCGAUACCAAAGGUUGUGUGGAUCGCAAUGAAUGUCUGGAUAUGCCCUGCCUGAAUGGCGCCACUUGCAUAAAUCUGGAGCCACGUCUACGCUAUCGUUGCAUAUGUCCGGAAGGUUAUUGGGGUGAAAAUUGUGAACUGGUACAGGAAGGUCAAAGACUAAAGUUAAGCAUGGGUGCAUUAGGUGCCAUCUUUGUGUGUCUUAUUAUCAUUUUAAUUUUAGCACUUAUCUUUGUUCUCUACAAUCGCAAACGUAAAACAACAAACAAGAAACGUAACGGCCCUGAAAAAGAUGUACGUGAAACCGUGAUUAGUUACGACGACGAGGGCGGCGGCGAGGAUGAUAUGACGGCGUUUGACAUCACACCCCUGCAGAUACCAAUUGGACAGGGUGGCACAAUGCCGCCGGAUAUAGCUGCCUGCAAGGUGCCAAUAAUAUAUCCAGUUGUGACAUUGAUGCCCGGCCAGGAAUUGAAUGUGGGGUUUUUAAUGGAGGAACGCAAAAAACGUUGUGAUAAGGACAUCAAUGCGCCACCGUUCGAUGAUUUGCGUAAUUUUACGUACGAGGGGAGCGGGAGCAUAGCGGAGUCCUUAAGUUCGUUAGCAUCAGGCACCGACGAUGAGAAUCAAGACUUUAAUUACUUAGAGACGUGGGGUCCACGUUUCAAUGCCUUGGCGGCAUUGUAUCUGCAAGACAAAACGAAAUUGAAACAGCCAACCAAUGAGGAAUUAACACAGGAGAGUGGUGUAUUAUAAAAUUAAAUUAAGUUCAUAGAUUAAAUAAUCCAAACUGGCAGUAGCAGCAGUGACGGUAAAGGCGAAGACGACGACGAUGAUGAUGAAGGAUCACAGGCAGCAGAGUACCCUUAAAUCUCAACAACCUUGUAAAUUACAAUCCCCUUCCAACUGGAAACAGAGAAUGAAAAAAAAUCCAACCACAAAACGAAAAAAAUAAAUCCUAACAAAAAAAUCCGGCAUAAAUGAAAUGAACAAAAAAAAAAAAAAAACAAAACAAAAAGAAAUAGUCUAUUCGGAAAAACCAGGGCUACAGCUAAAUGAGCCACUAAAAACAGCAGCAGCAAAAACCAUAACAUAAAUAUAAGAGAAAGUGUAAAAUAUCAGAAAAAAACGAAAAAAUAAAAAAGUGACUUUUUUACAUUAGUCCAUAAGUUGUAGCAUACCGAGAACAAAAAGUCAGUCAAAGUUACUGGGGAAAAAUGGAAGUUAUAGAGCAUAAAUAACGGUUGGAGCGCGGCAUGGGGAAUGGAGGCAAUGAAGAGGAGAAGAAACAGCAAAAAAUACCUACCAAAUGGUACAUCAUAACAAAUGCAACUACAACAGCAAAAAAAAAACAAAGAAAAAACCCUAACCCACAUAAUGCUUAGCCAGUAGCUAGCCAGGCAGCCAGCCAGCCGGUUUUGUAAUUAGGGACGCGUAAAAGAGGUUGAAGGAACGAAUGAUUAAAAUGAAAGAAAAUCUCGGUAAAUCGCCAGCAGGAAGCAAAAACGAAAAUGAAAAUCUCGGGGCGAAAAAAAUUAUAUGAUAGCUCGUUCUAGAGGAUAUAUGAAGUAAAUUGAAGUGCCGUUGUUGUUGUUCGGCUUUUUUUCCUUCUUUUUCUUCUUCUUCAUUUUUGAAAUGUAAGAAGAGCAUAUUAACAACAUUUCCUUUAAUUAGCUAGCUGGUCGGUCAGUUUGCCAUCAUGCUAAGCCAAAGGUGAGCUAAUGGUCAACGUAGCGUAUGAUUAUUAAAAGUGCAUAAUUAAUUAAAUUCAUUAUACGUUAGAUAUGGAAUUAAUACAAUUUUGUUCGUCUUCAGUAGAGCAUACCCAAAUUAAUGGGAUUAAUUAUAAUUAAAGGAUUAAAA